UCUCCUUCUUGAACGAUGGGAGUUUUUCGUUUUGCAGUCGAUGGUCUAGCUGGUUCUCCAGUUUCUGAAUCGUCUUCUUCUCCUUUCCCUCCAUUUUAGGUUCGAUCAUCUCUUGUAUUGAUCGUGGAUUCGAUGCAUAGGCAGCUCAGAGCUGAUGGGUUUUGUGGGUACUUUCUUGGAACUCAUUGGGUUCGGCUUCGGAAUACCGAUCGGGCUCUUGAUCGGAUACUUCAUCUUCAUCUUCUACAACGAGCGCAAGGACGUUAAGGAACCCAUUGUUAGACCUCUGAUUGAGCUAGAUUCAAAGAGCUUGCAUAAAGUCCUACCGGAGAUUCCAGCUUGGUUGAAGAAUCCUGACUAUGACAGAGUUGAUUGGAUGAACAAGUUUCUCUUUGACAUGUGGCCCUACUUAAACAAGGGGAUAUGCAAUACAAUUAGAGUCACAUUGAGACCCAUAUUCGACCAAUACAUUGGGAAGUAUUGCAUAGAAUCCAUUGAUUUUGAUGACCUUACACUUGGCAGUUUUCCUCCUAUGAUUCAUGGUAUUAAAGUUAUAGAGACUCAAGAAAAUGAACUAGUUAUUGAGCCAAGGGUUAGAUGGGCUGGCAACUGCAGCGUCACCGUAUCUCUGAAGCUUUUGUCUUUUAAAUUUACAGUGCAAUUGUUGGAUUUACAAACAUUCUUGGCCCCUCGAAUUACUCUAAAGCCGCUAGUUUCGAGCUUCCCAUGCUUUGCAAGUAUAAUUGUUUCUUUGGUUGAAAAGCCUUUUGUUGACUUUGGGCUCAAACUACUUGGCGCAGACAUCAUGGCUAUUCCUAUUUUAUAUCGCUUUGCUCAGGAUAAGAUUGCAUCUGAAAUCUCAAAUCUGUACCAUUGGCCUAAUGAUAUGGAAAUACCAAUACUGGAUAAUCUCAGUUUAGCCACCAAGAAACCUGUUGGCAUAUUGCAUGUAAAGGUUGUGCGCGCAAUUAAUCUCCUAAAGAUGGACAUUCUUGGUAAAUCUGAUCCUUAUGUCAAACUGAGUUUGAGUGAGGAUAGACUGCCCUCAAAGAAAACCUCUGUAAAGAUGAGCAAUCUGAAUCCUGAAUGGUACGAAAAUUUCAAGUUUAUUGUGAAAGAUCCUCAAACCCAAGUUCUUCAGCUACAUCUGUAUGACUGGGAAAAGGUUAAAGCACAUGAUAAAUUGGGCAUGCAGGUUGUGCCACUGAGCUCACUCGUUCCUCAUGAAAUGAAGGAAAUUACUCUUGAUCUUUUGAAGAACAUGAACCCAAAUGACCCCCAUAAUAAGAAGGAUAGAGGGAAACUUGUGCUAGAAUUGACUUUUGAACCGUUUAGAGAAGAAUUUAGUGGAGUUUUAGGUGGUGAACGAAAGCUCAGUGGACUGGCAAGAAGUUAUUCGCUAGAUAGCACAUCUGGUAGUGGGGUUCUUUCUGUAAAUAUUGAAAGUGCUGAACAUGUUGAGGGGAAGCAUCACAACAAUCCCUAUGCAGUAAUUCUUUUUAGAGGAGAAACUAAGAAGACGAAGGCCGUUAAGAGAAGCAGGGAUCCAAGGUGGAAUGAAGGCUUUCAGUUCAUGUUAGAGGAGCCACCAGUCAAUGAUUUCAUUCACAUUGAAGUCAUUAGCAAGAGAAGGGGCUUUAAUUUUUAUGGCAAGGAAUCUCUGGGACAUGUCGAUCUUAAGCUCGCAGAUGUUAUCAAUAAUGGUCGAAUCAAUGAGAAAUUUCAUCUCAUAAACUCCAAGAAUGGUGUGAUUCACGUUGAACUCACAUGGAGCACUGUCUGAACAAUCCGGUUAAAGGUACUGUAAAUUUUUCACUUGAAUUCUACUUGACAGUGGAGUAUAUAUAACAUUUUAUAAAUUUCUAUACCAUUUUGUAUUCAAUUAAAAAAAAUAUUUUUUUGAACCACAUAUUUGAGGUCUGUAUGAUUAUCAUAAUGGCUGUAGAAACUAUUAU